GUGCUGAAUCCUAAGGCGAUCGCGGCGGCCACCAGCUUGGAAAGGCAUUUUGCUGAGAUGGAGCAACAGUCUGGGGAGAUGCUCAAAACGGGGAAAGUAAAACGGGACCUCUCCAACGUCGAUCGUGUAGUUGAGACGCUCAUAGAAAGUGGCAGGAUUGAAGACGCGAUAUCCUACCUGUCGCAG